UAGGUUCUAUAAUAAAGCUUAAAAAGCUUCACAUUUCCACAUUGAUUCCCCUCUUGCCCCUACCCUCCAUACGCUCCUCCAUGAAAAAUCAAUACUCUACAGUUCAUUUUUUUUAUAUAUAGAUCUGAAUGAAGUGAACUGGACCAACCAUAGAAUAAUAUAUCUCACUGCAUUUUCACUUUUUUAUUGGCCAAUUCAUUUUGGACUUGAAUAAAGACUGUACAAAAAACACUUUCACGCCUCUUAAUCAGACUCCAAAUAUUGUUCAAUCAUUGCAAAUAAGUUCUUGGGCUUCUCAAAUUUCUGGGGUUUUUGAGAAAUUUAUGCUCAGCUUUUGACUUCUUUUUGUUUUUCUUGCUUCAAGUCCUAGGGUUUCCUUAUUUCUUGGGGUUCUUUUGAAAAUUAAGUUCACUGUCUUUCUGUCUUUAUGAUAAAUGGGAUUUUAUUAAAUUUCAGGUUUUUUAUUGUUUUUGAGCUCAGUUCUUGUAUAAAGGGUUGAGUGUAUUUGAUUCAGCUCCAUUUAUGCUUCUUCAAUCUUGAUUUGUUAGAUAUUCUUGAAGUUGCUUUUGGUGUUCUGUCAAUGUUGAAGUUUCUUCAAAUAGAUUAGUUGUUUUAAAUGAAAAACAAUUCCUCUUAUAUCAGUUGUUGUAAGUUCUAGUCGUGUGACUUGUGUCUAACUUCCCCUCUUCAUUUUCAACUUUGUUUCUGCUGGGGUGUUUUCUAAGGAAAAGGAGUGUACUUGUUCUAUGAAUAUUGUUGCUUCUGUAAAAGGGUCUGCUUUUUCCAGUUUCGUUAGUUGAGAAAUGUUCAUUUCCACUGAGGAGGAGAAGCAGAUCUCAUUGCCUCUGGACAAUGAGAAAGGGUCAAUAAAAUCAUCCCCAAUGGGAUCAAACCUGGAUUAUCUUGAUGGAAUGCCACUGGAAACUGACUUGCUGGAUUUACCACCACCACUUACAAUAUACACUGAUGUUAAUGUUGUUCCUGAGCAGGAAAAGAAUGAGCUUGAGCAAUCUAUAUCAAAUCUAGAAGAAUUGAGACAAAAGGAAAGUUCAUUGGACAAGAAGCGAAAAGAAGCAUUAAAUAAGAUAUUAGAUAUCAAAGGCUGUAUUAGAGUAUUUUGUCGGAUUAGACCAUUUCUGCAAACAGAGAUAAGAAGAAUUCAUGAACCAGUGACAAUUGGGUUACAGAAGGUUGUGGUUAAAUCUGUUGGAAGUAGGAAGGAAUUCAGAUUUGACAAGGUUUUCCAUCAAUCAACCACUCAAGAGGAUGUUUUUGCUGAGGUUGAACCAAUUCUAAGAUCUGCACUUGACGGGCACAACGUUUGCAUAUUGGCUUAUGGUCAAACUGGGACUGGCAAGACAUUUACAAUGGAUGGUACAAAAGACCAGCCUGGGAUCAUUCCUCGGGUACUGGAGGAGCUGUAUUGUCAAGCUUCUAUGGACAAUUCAUCUUCUACAACAUUUUCCAUGAGCAUGUUGGAAGUUUACAUGGGAAAUCUGAGAGAUUUACUGGCUCCAAAAACAACACAUAGAACAUAUGACACUGCAGCAAGAUGCAAUCUCAACAUCCAAACAGACAAAAAAGGAUUAGUUGAAAUUGAGGGUUUGACAGAGGUCAAAAUCCCAGAUUUAGCAAAAGCAAAAUGGUGGUACGCCAAGGGGAGACGGUCUAGAUCUACUUCAUGGACUAAUGUGAAUGAGGCAUCAAGCAGAUCACACUGCUUAACCAGAAUCAACAUUUCUCAUCACGGAGAUGAUUGGAAAGCCAAAGCAGAAAUAAGCAAAUUCUGGAUGGUGGAUCUUGGAGGUAGUGAAAGAUUGCUGAAAACAGGGGCCACAGGACAGACACUUGAUGAGGGAAGGGCCAUAAAUCUCUCUCUUUCUGCUUUAGGUGAUGUUAUUGCUGCUCUUAGAAGAAAGAGAGGCCAUGUGCCCUACAGAAAUAGCAAGCUAACUCAGAUCCUCAAAGAUUCAUUAGGUGACAGUUCAAAAGUUCUAAUGCUAGUGCACGUGAGCCCUUGCCAAGAAGAUGUUGGAGAGACAAUCUGUUCUUUAAGCUUUGCAAAUAGAGCAAGAGCAAUCGAAACUAAUGGAGAACUGCCAGAGGAUAUACUCAACCUAAGGCAAAAAAAGAUCUUGGAACUUGAAGAGGAAAUGAGAGAAGCUGAAGAGGAAUGUCAGGUUAUCAGAAAUCAAAUACAGAAGGCUGAGUUCCUAUUAAGUGAAAACAAAAAUCUUAUCUUAAGCACUUAUCAAGUUCCUGAAGAGAAGGAAAAGACACCUAGAAAUCUGAAAGAAGAUAAUGUGGUUGUCAAUGAAACUCCUGCAGUUACCGACAAUAGAGUAAGAAGAACCAUGCGGUGUUCUCUCCCUAGAUUCAUGAAUCCUACUGUGGCUAGUCGUCAAAGGCAAAGUGCUUCUGAAAAGGAGAUUGUCAGAAGAGCCAGAAGUUUCAUCUCAGGGACAAGAACUUCAGUGCAAUUUUCUGGUUCUCAGUCCCUCAGUUAUUCAGACAUUCCUAUCAAAUCAAUUUUACAGGAUUCAAACAGAAAGUCACGGUUUGGUGAAGCGAAAACCAUCCUUAAAGAGAGUCUAAAAUGCAAUGGCUCAGAUUUGAAGACAGCUUCUUUACCUAGAAGCAACAUGGUUACUGCAUCAGAUCCAAACUUGAGAAUUACACUUUGUCGUCAUAGAAGAAGAAUGUCUGAUCUGAUCUGAUCUGAGGGGAAAGAAAACUGUUAUUUUUUUUUUCCUUUUCUGGUGUGCUAACUUGUGUAGGUCUAUUGUAAGGUUUCAUAAUUUGAUCAGAGAAAAGUUUUUUAGGGUGACUUGUGUGUCAAAUAUGUGUUGUAUUUUAGUGCUGGUUUUCUUAGGCUUGUUGGGAUCUGUUAAUUUUAUAUACAUGAUCCCUGUCAUCACAUGGUUUGGGGUGUUUUAGGCUUGAUGGGAAUUGUUAAUUACUCAUUAACGUGAUCAUUGUAGCUUGAUGGGAACUGUUAAUUACUCAUUAAUGUGAUCAUUGUAGCACUGUUAUGAUUUAUUUAGAAUAUGUUUGCUGCAA